AUGGGCAUGGCAUCUGCUGAUUCAAUUGUUUUAGUUGAUUCAUUCCGAUAUUUACCCCCUAAUAUGAGUAACAGUUCAUGCCCCUUCUAUGGAGAUGAUCCAGAGCCAACAACUACACCGGAGCCCACGACUACUCCAGAGCCAACAACCACCCCCGAACCUACAACUACUCCAGAACCAACAACAACACCGGAACCCACAACAACUCCGGAGCCAACAACAACUCCAGAGCCAACUACUACUCCGGAACCUACAACUACUCCUGAACCUACAACUACUCCGGAACCUACUACUACUCCGGAACCAACAACUACUCCGGAACCUACAACAACUCCUGAACCUACAACUACUCCGGAACCUACUACUACUCCGGAACCUACAACCACUGCUGAACCUACAACUACUCCUGAACCUACAACAACUCCAGAGCCAACUACUACUCCGGAACCUACAACUACUCCGGAACCUACAACUACUCCGGAACCUACAACUACUCCGGAACCUACAACUACUCCGGAACCUACAACUACUCCUGAACCUACAACAACUCCAGAGCCAACUACUACUCCGGAACCUACAACUACUCCGGAACCUACCACUACUCCGGAACCUACAACUACUCCGGAACCUACUACUACGCCGGAACCUACUACUACGCCGGAACCUACAACAACUCCGGAACCUACCACUACUCCGGAACCUACAACUACUCCGGAACCUACAACUACUCCGGAACCUACAACUACUCCUGAACCUACAACUACUCCGGAACCUACUACUACGCCGGAACCUACAACAACUCCAGAGCCAACUACUACUCCAGAACCAACAACAACACCGGAACCCACAACAACUCCAGAAUCUACAACAACUCCAGAGCCAACAACAACUCCAGAACCCACAACUACUCCAGAAUCUACAACAACUUCAGAGCCAACAACUACUCCAGAACCCACAACUACUCCAGAAUCUACAACAACUUCAGAGCCAACAACUCCAGAACCAACCACCACUCCUGAACCCACAACUCCAGAGUCAACUACUACUCCGGAACCUACAACUACUCCGGAACCAACAACAACACCGGAACCCACAACAACCCUGGAGCCAACAACUUCUCCAGAACCAACUACCACUCCAGCACCAACCUCUACUGCAGAAUCAACAACGAAUUCUGAGCCAACCACAACUUCACUGCCAACAACAACAGCAAAUGAUUGUGAUCUUGCGAAUACCAACAGUUUUUGGACACCACUUACUAUUACAAUGGUUGUUCUACUAUCACUCAUAAUCCUUGUCCUUAUAUGUCUGCUAUUUUAUGAAAUUGGACGAAGAAGAGCUAAAGCUGCAGCAGUUGCCAAAAUAAGUGCAAGUUUAGAUUAUGAAGACAUUUCAAGCACUUUUAAAGUACCACGUGUAAAACAUGUAUUCCCUGACGUCAAUACAAAUCCAUACGCAAGAAGUAGUUCAUUUUUACCUUAA